CUUCAUCAAUAAGAGAUAUUCAGAAAGAAUUGAUUCUUUUAAAUAAGCUAAUUUGUUUUAUUGCACGAACGAGCCAAGAUAUUUAUAUAUAUAAUUUUUUAACUUUAAAAUGUAUUUAUUUUCGGACAAGUUUAAUACCAAAUUCUAGCAAAGUUGUCGACCUGUGUAUACGAUCAAUAAAAGCAAAAUCAACACGAUUCUUCGCCGGAUAUUCGAUCCUAAAGUUCACGCCACGUCACUUCCGAUUAUCGAAUAUUAUCUUCGAUUGACCCCGCCGUAAAACGAUAGUGGUGGUCACGUGACUGUAGUUCCCCCAGCUUGUCUUCUAUACUUCACGAGUAGAUUGGGGAUGAGAAAGGAAAAACUUUAGAUAGGACAGUACAACGCAUCUUGAUCUAAAAACAUCUGAAGUCUACGUAGCAAGAAGGGAAAAAGUAUAUAACUUAUGUGUUAUCGAACAAAUUAUUGUGUUUCUAAUCGGUUUCUACAGGAAAUUAUCACACUUCGAUAACAGUUUAGUGCUCAUUUGACGAAAAUUUUACUAACAUGGCAAAAGUAUUCGUAACCAGAUCGGAUUUUCCAAGCAAUGCCAUAAAAUUACUACAAACGAAAUGCGAGGUUGUUAGCUACGACCAACCCCGACCCUGUCCUAGAAAGAACUUUCUCGAAGGAGUCAAAGGUGUGGAUGCUAUUUUUUGUAUAUCUACGGAUAUCGUCGAUUCGGAUAUAUUAAAUGCUGCAGGAAAACAACUGAAAGUGGUUUCGACUAUGAGCGUUGGUUUCGAUCACAUAGACGUGGGCGAAUGCAAGAAAAGAAAUGUUCUUGUUACCAACGUUCCUCACCUAAGUACGGAUUCGGUUGCAGAAUUUGCAUUAGGUUUACUAUUAGGAGUGGGAAGAAGAAUCGUAGAAGCUUCAUCCGCAAUCGCCAAGGGGAAGUGGACCGAAAAAUGGAGUCCUACUUGGUAUUGCGGAAAGGGACUCAAAAAUGCAACAGUAGGUAUUGUGGGAAUGGGAAGAAUCGGACAAGGAAUUUUGAAGCGAGUUAUACCAUUUAAUGUGAAGAAAGUACUCUAUUACGAUGUUAUACAUCCAGUCGAACAAGCCGAAAAUUUAGGAGCCGUUUAUUCUUCUUUCGAAGAUUUAUUAAAGGAAUCCGACUUCGUUAUUGCUAGUUGCAUACUUUGUGACGGCACACGAGAAAUAUUCAACGCCACUGCUUUCGAUUUGAUGAAAUCUACGGCCGUUUUCAUUAAUGUCAGCAGAGGCGGAGUGGUUCAACAAGACGAUCUCUAUAAUGCUUUAAAGAAUGGAACAAUCCGAGCCGCGGGAUUAGACGUGAUGGUUCCAGAACCUCUACCAAAAGACCAUAAAUUGGUUUCCCUUCCUAAUAUAGUUCUUUCUCCUCACAUCGGUAGUUCCGAAAGGGAUCUCAUUAUUGAACAAGCCGAAUUUAACGCAAGAAAUAUUGUAGAAGUUUUAGAAGGACGAGAACCACUAGCUCCAGUAUAAUUAUCUUCAAUUUCAUUAGGAAUAAUUCAAGCCGAAAGAACCAAAUGUGUUUAUUAUACUUAACGCAAUUUCUGUCUUGUUUAGUUAUUUUUUAAAAUAAUAAAAAGUUUUGUUCAAAAUAGAUUGUUAGUUAUUACUCUUCGUCAACCAGUUUUUCAAUCAACCAAUUGUGGGCUUGCUAAAUCAGCAAUGGGUUUGUUUUUUACUCGUUCUACUACGGGACACUAAAAGAGCCUUUCUUUUUUAAGUGGGUUGUGCG